UAUCUAAUGAAAAACAAGCAAAAAUUAAUAGCGUUUUUUUAUAAAAAAAGAGGAUGGCUAGCGCCAAUGCGCCUUCAAGGAGUUAUGUAGGUAUACUUUUUCGCGAAAAAGAGAGAGGAGUAAAUAGAUACAGGAAAGGGUUAUGUAACCUGUUAUGCAGAAGCUGUGACUUUUGUCAUGUUUGUGUAGGUGCAUUUCAUUUUCAAUGCAAAAAACAACUGUUGGGAUAGAAAUAAGUUCAUUAUUCGUAAUAUUUGGCCGCGAUUGGGACGUUUUUUAAAAGUGCUAGCAUUAUUGUGUCUUUUUAUUAAAAUAACAAGUGUUUUAGUGGAAACUAUUUUGAAAUCAAUUUGUGUUGAUUUUAUUGAUACAGACAAUAUUUUGCGUAUCUAGUUGAUUUGUGUUUGAAGAAUAAUGAGUUCUAAUCCAACUCGUUUAUCAAGAGUUUUCGGAGCAAAAAAGGGAAAAAAGGGAAGGGGAAACAGAAUAAAUAAAAGUUUUACUGCGAGCCACCCUGAAACGGUUACUUCACCAACUGAUGUAGAACCACAGGGCGUUGAAAACUUCGAAAUACCCGUCGAAAUCGAACCCAAUGAAAAUAAUUUUACAUUCUUACCUGAAGGUAGACGGAUUAUAAAUCUUACCAGUUUUCUCAAUGGAUUAAAAAGUAUUUCCAUGCAUAGAAUCAAUUUUGGUUGCACAUUUCUAAAUUUAAAUCUUAUUCAAGAAAUCCGGAAAGGUUUAAAUUCUAAACUUAUAUUUAAGUGCAAUAUGUGUAACAUGGUUUUCAAUAUGUUUACGAGCGAUCUGGAAGAAAAAUCAAGUGAAGAAAUUCACAAGGAAAUCGUUUCGGGAACAAUGUUAGCUGGAAAUGGUUACACUCAAUCUAAACGUGUUCUUGAAGCUGUCAACGUUCCGUUUAUGUCCCCGAGAUCAUAUCGAAAAUUUGAAAACAAGACAAAAGCAGUAUGGAUCCAGUCUGCCGAGAAUCAAAUGAAGGAUGCAAUCGAAGAAGAAAAGAAGAUUGCUUAUGAAAAUGGAAAUAUUGACGAAGACGACAAGCCGUUGAUUACGGUAGUUACGGAUGGAGCAUGGUCGCACAGAUCAUAUGGAACUAAAUAUUCAUCCUGGUGUAGCAACAAUAAUUGGUUUUAACACUAAGAAAUUUUUAUAUUAUAACGUCAGAAACAAGUAUUGUCAUUUUUGUCGGCUCAACGAAACAAAAAACUCCCCACCUAAAGACCAUAUGUGGAGCAACACCAGGCGGCUUAGUAGGCGAAGAUGGCAUCUGUGAAGUCAAAUGCCCAUCAUCAAUCAAAAUUUGACUAUAAGCGAUGCAGUUGAAAAGAAAAAACUAAAAUAUCUUCAGAAAAGCGGAGAUACUUUGUACUAAAAAAAAACGACGAUUAUUUUUAUCAAGUGCAAGGACAACUCCACAUUUCAAAACAAUCCCAUUGUUUUUUGGUGUAUGGACAUCAUGCGAUUUCGUUUAGGGUCAAUGUGGGUAAAUGUAAACAGGGGUAAAUGAAAAUAUGGCUCAAAACAAGCUUCAGUUAAAUCUAUUUGAUGCAUACAUAAGUACAAACCGCGGACGCAUGUAUCUUUUAACUUAUACGUCAAGCUCAUUGCUGUCAAGAGAGAAUUCAUUCGACGAGCGUAUUUUCCGUGAAAGAUAAUUUUUUAAAGUGCCAAACAAGUCGUUAGUCUUUCAGAAAAAUUAAAUAUUUUUGCAGAUUCAAUUAAGUCAGUAUAAUUUGCAAAUACUUUUUUGUUUUUAAUUUUGAUGUAGAUUCUAUGUGAUACAAGCAAAUUUUAAAAUACAGGACAUUUAUGUCGAUUUGCAUGUGUUUACAUUACCCCAGAAUAUUUUUCAUAAUGGGUAAAUGUAAACAACGUAUUCUGGGGGUAAAUAUAAACAAACAUUUUUGGUGAAAUUAUUGGUUUUAAUAAAAAUAAAGUAUUUUUAGUCAAUUACUAUUGCUAAAGUGCCGCGGAGUCACAUUUUAAAGUAGCCAACACCAUCAUUUUCAGUAGAUGAUGUUGCAAAAUCGGUCGUUGACGUAAAAAAACGAAAAAUAUGACGUUCAGAGCUGCUCAGGAUGCAUAUUGGGCGCCUAUAUAAAGAAUCAAAGGAAGAAAACAAAAACUUUUAUUGGAAUUUGAAAAAGUUUUUGUCAAAUACCUUCUUGAACGUUUUUCAAGUUGUUAUCCAUAUGAUAAAGAGGAAAUUCUAAAUUUUAAACCACCGUUUACAUUUACCCCGAAUUUGCAAAAAAACACAAACAUGGUGGGGUAUUUGUAAACAUGCCAUAUUUGACAGUAAUGUAAACAAUUUGGGAAAUAUUUGUUUAUAUUUAUAAAGAAGAAUUGCCAUCAUUUCAUUUUUGCAUUUGAAGAUGCCAUUCAAGUUGUUCCGUGAAAACAUAAAAAAAUCUAAAGUCGAAAGAAAAAAAAGACAUGAAAUUGCUUACAUUUACCCACAUUGACCCUAUAUAAAAAUACAUAAAGACGACUCAUUUGGGAAGCGAAAUAAAAAACAAACUACUUAAUUUUUAUGAAGAUCAUUUUCUAUUGGAAUUAUGUGAUCCAAUGAUUCCAAGAAGUAUGAGGGUAUGGAAUACGUAAUAUAACAGCAAACGAUCCACCUUCUAUUAGAAUAUUAUUACUUUUCAAAACUAUGCGUAUUUUUCUAAAUCUGUAACACUAUUUUCUUUUUUCGUUCCAUACCUUCAAAUUAAUUUUCAAUAUUCAGUAAUAAUAUAUCUAAAGCAGUCUAAGAUUUAAAUUGUUUUUUUUUGUUAUAAGGAAUA